GUCACGAACUGGCAGAGAUAAGAGAACGAUCCCUGAAGACUAUUCUGUUCAAGUUAGAGCAUAACUUGAUUUCGUAUGCCGAUCUGGUCCAUGAAAAGGUGCUUUUCCCUAAUCUGUUGGAGUGGUUCAAUUUUCCAGUCGUGCCAAUGAAAGAGGAAGUACUAAAUUUUGUGAACAGUUUGAUCAAGGUCCCGCCGGCUGCCCAGAGGAUGGUCGCCGUUGGUGCCGUGGAAUUCUUCUCUCGGCUGCGCCCGGACGUGAAUCCCAACCUGCAGGCGGUGAUUGAUGGGAUUGUGGACGGGCUGUUGUUCCUUCCUUCUGGGCCUCCUGCUGGGUCCUCGUCGGUUCCUUACCACGCUGCCUCUCGGCCGUCCGUCGAUGAACCAGAGGAGUUAUUUGCUGGGUAUUUCUGUCAAGGUAGAAGGCAUCUCCCACGGCUAGAAAUACCUCCCAGAAGAACAGUUGGUAUGUGUACUUUGAAAUGCUUGAAAUUUUCCACGUUUCCUUGGCUAAAUCUGACGUCAACAGAUAGACACGUUCUUUCAUCGAACGAAAGCUCUUUGAGAAGCAACAACCAAAGCUUAAUCUGGAGUACGUGUGAGCUGCUUCAGGAUGUCAUUAUGCAAGAUUUCCCUGCUGAGAUCUUUCUUCAAAGGCCAAAGAUUGUACAGAGCCUUUUGUCUCUGCUGGGCCUGGCCUUCGGAGGGGGCGGAGGACACCGGUUGGCCCUGCAGGCCGUGGCCUGCCUGCAGCAGCUGUGCCUCUUCUUGAGAAGCAGGCUGAACUUCCACAGAGACCCAAGUUUUUCUUCCACGGAGCAAGGCGCAGCGUCCCAGAACUCAUCUCUGUCUUACUGCCAAGAAGCACGAGGCCCCCCUCGUUCUCAGAGCCCCUCACCUGGCAGUAGCAGCCCUCGGCCGUCUGUGGUUGGACGGACAGGCCAGCGUCCCAGAGGAGAUGGUCAGGAUUGGGAUGCAGCGUCUUCCAGUGGAAACAGCACUCAAGCGAACGCCAACUCCAGGAUCUCUCUGCAUUCCCCGCUUGGUGUAGGACAUAUCGACCUACCGGAUCCUGAAAGCGAGGACACUCUGGAGCUGCAGAUGAAGCAGCUCAGCCUUCCUCAGUUCGGUGUUUCCGUCUUGGAAAACGCCGUACCUCUGCUAAGAACAGGCAGUAGGAGAGUGACGAUGGAAGUUCUUGACUUGCUUGUUGAAGACCUGUUCCUUAUUGGUGAUGCCAUUUCUGCAGACGUUUGGGAGGAUGACAGCCUCUUUGCCUUGGAGUUGCUCUGUCGCUUAGCUGGGAAAGAAAGAGGAGGCUUUUGGGCCCGGGGCAGACUCAGUGUUACUACGGUGCAGCUGGCCGAACAGCUUGCGUUGCUGGGGGUGCAGACCCGAAGGCGGCUGAGAGUUGUGGCGUACGUGACGUACCGCACGCGACAGCUUGUUGUGAAGAAAGCUGUCAAACCCCAGCAGAAGCUGGGAGCAUCAUCUCUGUACGUCCUCCUGCUGGCCUUGUUACCGUUUCACGGCUGUGUUACCUGUGCUCAGGUGACGUUUGCUCCUGCCACGUCGAGAAGGGAGGUGCUGCGGGUUGCCGUGGCCCCUCGGCUGGUUUGGGUCCCCGCCGCGGGGCGGAGGGAGCUAUCGGUGUCCAGGGCUGAUCUGGGGCUGCAUGGCCGAGCCGCAGAGGCUCUUCCCGCUGCCGCAGGCUUGUACCACAAAACCAACGCGAGCGCAGAGCAGCCCGAGGUGAUGUUGGUGCACCACAGAACGGCGUUUAUUAGCAUUUCUCUCUUCACCGUUCGAUUGCUGCAAACCCUUCUCCCUGUGGAAAAGGCCAGUACAGUUCUGCAGCCCAGUUUGCUGAACGCUUUGUUUCUGCUCUCCCUGGACGUGUCCUUCUCCCUGGAGUACCCGAGCGCUCACGAGGCCGUCGCAGCCUACCUGGAGCAGAUGAGCACCGAGAACUACGGUGUUUACAAACGAGCUGCCGAAGCUGCCCGUUCCAUCGAGUGCGCUUGUAGCUUUAUGGCUGAAGUUCAGAAGAAGGGGGACAAGAACCUUUCGGAACUGGUAGAACUGGCAGAUCAGGCGCUGGGCAGCCUGCCCUACCAUCAGCCCUGCCCCUGGCUCCAGGAGUGCGUUCACAUGUGCUCAAACAUCUGGACGUCUGCCGAGGCGAACUCGUUGCUCCAGGCUGAGGGUCAGAAGGUGCUUCUCCGGCUGCUGUCUCACCCUUUGCUGGGUGUCAAAGCUGAAGCCUAUCGCUGCUGUUUGGACGUGGUCAAGGACUGUUUAGGUGUUGGUAGUAUUGCGAAGCCUGUGUCUUCAGUCUGCCACGGAGUGCAUUUUCUUCUUCACCCCAAAGUGCUGUACGAGGUCUGUGCGUUCGGCCUGCAGGAAGAUAAGGACGAGGUGAACGCCGCGGCCAGGGCCCUUCUGCUGCACCUGCUGCGGGGACGACUGGGAAUGGCGGUGUGGACCUGGAACAAGUUUAUCGAGGCCCUCUGUCCCGUCACUGCUGUUCUCCAGGGUUACGCUGACUCAAAAGACGCGCUAGGGAACUGUAUCCUUGCUUUGAGUGAAACAACCUCUGACAAAGGCGAGGGUGUUCUGCCCAGAACGACUAGACUACGGGCCGCUCUGCGUCUUCUCUUCUCCAAAAAGCAGUUGGUUCGUUCUGUAGCACUUAAACAUUUAACCUUCCAUCUUUUUAAUGAAGAAGGGGCAAACCUGAAACGCCCACAUCUGCACGGCAGUGUGCUUUCCAGCAUUUCAAACUUAUUUGUUGUAGAAAGACCUAUUGAGCUAAAAUUGGAUGAUAAAACAGAGUCGAUAUUUAAGGCAGAGACUGUUGAAAAGCUGUACGCCCUCCUGACUUCUGGUGCCGUUGACCUGGUCUUACGGAAGUCUGCAGCCGAGCAGCUCGCGGUCAUUUUGGAAGAUACCAAAAUGCAUGGCAUUGUGAAAAAGUUGGGUGUGAUAGAGAAGGUUUUGGCUUACCUUGAUGAGUGCAUACACGUGGACGGCAAGGUUAUGGAACCCAUAGCGUUGCCGUGCCUCAGGCUGUUGCGCAAGCUGGUGUGUGCUGACCCCGUGGUUCGGCUGUCCCUAGCACAGCGGCCGUCUCUGCUGCUCGGGCUCUUCAGAGUUUCCCUGAUAUUCCAAAGCGAUCGUGCUGUUUUGACUGAAACUGCAGUGUUGCUUUGUCUUCUGUUGUUUGAUGAAGUAGCAAGAACAGAAACAUGGGCUAAUGGCGUCACCACGAAUGAUAGUGGCCCACCUGCCUUCAGUUUACCGCUUGCUGUUGUUAGAAGGUACCAUCUCCCCGUCAGGAUCACUGGUCAUCACGUAGUCAGCCCCAAUACUGUUGUGGUGCCACUGACUUCCGAGUACUUGGCUAUGAAACCGGUGUCAGAUAUGCUGAAGCUGGCUUGGAAUCUGUCGUGGUACCAUGGGAUUGACAACCUGUUGCACCUGAGAGAUUAUGAGACGGAAGCAGAAGCAUUUUUAGACUCGCUAAAACUAUCCUCAGAAGACCUCCUUAUACUCAAAGUAACUCACACAAGCUAUGGCCUGCAGGAUUGCCUUAAUUCAAUCAUUCAGGCAGUAUCCCACAGGGAUGUUAGGGCUGCUCUCACUAGGCUUAGUUUUUAUGUUCUGAAUGACAGACUGGCAUUAAAAUGCAGUUCUGGGUCUUGUGGAACCACUUUGAAGAGCUUUGUUUGGCAAAAAGCAAUAAACAGGUUUCUGCAAGUGCUUCCAGCUUCUGCAGAGGAUGAGAAGCUCUUAGUAGACGUCUUAAGGUUUUUGAACAAAUUGCUCAGAGAGCAGAGAUCAAGUUUGGAGUCCGACCAUCUGAAGUGGAUCUUGAAGUCAUUGCUUCAGAAC